AUGCAUCAACAGAAUGCCAAAAGUGAAUCGAAGAAAUUAACAGAAAGACCAGAUGUUGGGCCAUAUUCUUGUACUGACAUUUGUUUUGAAAAUAAUUCUUAUGUCAAGACUUCAACUGGAAUUGAAUACGACAAUGAUGAAUCUUUGGAAAUUAAGAAAGAAAUUAUCGAAGGUGAAUAUAGCAUUGAUGAAGCUUUGGAUAUUAAUGAAGAAAUUAUAAAAGAUCAACAGAAUUCCGAGAAUAAGUCGAAUAAAUCCAGAGAAAGGCCAGGAGGUGCAUCAUAUACUUGUACAAAUACUCAAAUUUCUUCUGAAGAUAAUUCUGGUGCCAAGACUUUAUUUAAAUACGACAUUGAAAAUACAUUAGAUUUAAAGGAUCAAAUGAUCAAUGAUCAACACAAUGCCAAAAGGGAAUCGAAAAAAUUAAUAAAAAGACCAGAUGUUGGGCCAUAUUCUUGCACUGACGUUUGUUUUCAAAAUAAUUCUUGUAUCGAGACUUCAGCUGAAAUUGAAUACGACAACGAUGAAUCUUUGGAAAUUAAGGAAGAAAUUAUCGAAAUUGAAUACAGCAUUGAUGAGACUUUGGACUCCAAUGAAGGAAUUAUAGAAGAUCAACAGAAUUCCGAGAGUGAGUCAAAUAAAUUCAGAGAAAGGCUAGGUGGUGCAUCACAUAUUUGGACAAAUACUCAAAUUUCUUCUGAAGAUAAUUCUAGUGACAAGACUUUAGUUAAAUACGACAUUGACAAAACAUUGGAAUUAAAGGAUCAAAUCGUCAAUGAUCCACAGAAUGCCAAGAGUGAAUCGAAGAUAUCAACAGAAAGGCCAUAUGUCGGGUUAUAUCCUUUUGCUGACAUUUGUUUGGAAAAUAAUUCUUUUGCCAAGACUUCAACUAAAAUUGAAUACGACAUUGACAAAUCUUUGGAAAUCAAGGAAGAAAUUAUAGAAGAUCAGGCAACUUGCUCGAAGGAAGUUAAACAGCCAAAACGUAAAGAGAAUUUGGAGUCAGAAGAGUCUACUUCAGAUCUAAGAAAAGAUAAUAUUUCGGCAGUUAACGAACAAAUGCAGACCAGAGGAAAGCGGAAAAUGCGAAAACCAAAUUAUGAACUUGAAAAGAAGUACAAAUGCGAAAAGUGUGACCACAGCUAUGUAUCAAAAGCAAAUUUGUAUCGGCAUACAACAUUCGAAUGCAACGUUGAGCCACAGUUCAGUUGUGAAUUCUGCGGCAGAAGAUUUAAACAAAAAACUAGUUUAAAGGUCCAUCUAGAUCGAUUGCAUCAGAUAAAAGUCCCACAGAAGUCGGUAAUUAAGUAUCAAUGCGACCAAUGUCCGCGAAGUUACAGUUGGCCAAAAUCUUUGAAUCAACAUAAACGUUUAGAACAUGCACUAGUGAAACCACAAUUUAUUUGCGAUUAUUGUGGCCACAAAACUAAUCAGAAAAAUAACUUUGUAAGCCAUAUUGCCCGCCAUUUGAAAUAAUAAUAACAUACAUGACGCAUUAUACUUAAGCAAAUGUGUAAAAUUGGUUUAAAAAACUCUUGUUUGUACAAUACUCCGUUUUACUUCUGACGAAGUUUUUGAAGAUUUAAAUUUACUCUCCUUCGAUAUUCGACUAGGUAACUUUUUUUAAAUAGAGAAAUUAUUAUACGUGUUGCUAAUUUGAGAAAAUUAGGUAAGAAAUGGUAUGGAUUGAUUAACAGUUUCCUUCCAAUUUACUAGCAAUUAUUGAUAAUAAAUCAUAAAUCAAUGUCUUUUAUUCUGAGUUAAUGAAAAAAAAAACAUUUUUCUGUAAUUUAGAUACUUUCUGUUUACUGAAUAACAAUUUUAUGUUUAAUGCAUGACGCUUUUUAGAUUUACCUUUUUUUCAUCUUGUAAUAAAUAGUGCGGUAGUAUGUCUAAAAAUUUAAAUUACAACAGAAAAACAUACUGAGUGUACAUAAGAUACAUGUAUUUUAAACUGAUAUAUCAAUGACAUCUCUAUCUUCUGUAAUUCGAAUUCUGUACAAAUAAAAUAUAGUUUGCCAUGGGUU